AUGGAGCGUCCGACGUCCACGAUCGGCGCCCUUGGAGGUAUUAAUGACCCGGUGCCGUGUGCGCUGAGCCGCGAUGCGCACGGGACGUCGAUCGCGUCGACGCCCGCGACGUUUUUUGCGCCCUUCGUCGCCCGAGGAUGGCGCUUCGUCGGCGAUGCGACGCGCACGACGACGUACGGCUCGCUCACGAUGGUGACGCCCGGGAACGAUAACUUGAUCGAGGGUAAGAGCGCGCCGUUCAUGUCGAGCGAUGUCUCGUUCGCUUCGGAGGCGAUGACGGCGGAGGCGCGACGGACGCUUCGCGCGUGCGGGUUGCUCGUUUCAAAGGACUUUGCGCCGGCGGAGCAGCCGAGGCCGGGGAAAGCGACGCCGCCGCGGACGAGCCUAAGAGACCAUAUCGCAGAGCAUUUAAAGUGCAUGGUGAGCGCGAUGGUGGCGCUUAGGGUGUGCGCAACAGUGUACAGGCACAAGCGGUGGGCGUUUGAGUGCUUUCGGGAAAUGUAUCGUAAGAGCAGAGAGCUUAAGCGUAGGCUUCGGAACUCUAAGAAGAGUGCGCUCGGGAACGACGCGUGUGAAUCGCUCAAGAAACUCUUGCACGCGUUCGAUGUGAUGAUGGAGCGGCUGUGCGACCCGAGUGGACGGAUUCGAGGGGAGUUUUACGACGGAAUGGUGACGUGUCCGUGGGAUGUUGAUUACGAGUGGCAAAAGAAUGCAGCUUUUUACGAGGAGAUGUUCGCCGUACCGUACGCCGAUAAGGACGACCGAGACAUUACUCACUCGUGUGAGGUACGGAACGAGAGCUGGGAGGCGCACGAGCCGGCUAAUCAACACGUAGAUCCCGUGGCGACAGGCGCCAAGCCGGUUUUAGCCUCUCGAAGGCUGUCAGUAGGCUCUACGGCCUCCGCGGAUACUGACGACGACGGCGUCAUGGAUGGGAAGCGCAAGUAUUCAGAAAUGUCGAGCGACCGAGAAGUCGCGGCGAAAUGCCGGAUGAAACCAAAAUUACGCGAAAUUUCAUGUUCGGUUGCUUUGGCGAUGGCGGCCGAGAUUGACAUCGUCGCCGCUGCCGCGGCGCACUUUUUUGUCACGUGCAAUUUGUGCAAGGACGGUCCCAGCUUCCACGAGUACCUUACCAACGUGACCUCGGCGUACGGAUUACCGUUCGCGAAAAAAAUGAAGUCGGCGCUGCAGACCUUGGUUGUACCGCACAUUGGCGAGGAACGGUUCCCAGAUGACGUCUCCUUUCAUUACACAAUGCUCGUCGAACGUUAUGCCACCGCUUCCAGUGCUCAGAAGCUUUUGCCUCUCGUAGCGGCCGAUCCUAACCCUUCAUUACACAUCGUGAUGAUGCAACACGUCGAGGGUGCGUACAUCAUGUCCAGAGAUGGUCCAGAUGACGAGAUCGACGCACGAUUUAACCGUCUCAUGCGUGAUUACUCCUUGCGAGUUGCGGCUUCGCAUCACCAGCGCAUGGGCUUCCAGGGGCACAGCGGAGUAGGAACUCGAUCGCCGCUCCCGAGUUUGAUUCGAAAGUGGAUGGAUACGUGCUAUGAUUCCGUGGCGCGCCUAUACUCUCCGGCCGUACCGAGUUAUCAGGCGAUGUACGCGCUCUACGAAGCUUCACCAGAAGGUUGGAUUGAGAUCAGCAGCGGAGGUACGGGUUAUUGGACGUCAGUUCUGACGACAUGUAAAAUACCCGCUCAAGCCGUCAACGUGACGAGGCAACGUGAUGAUAAAACGACGUUUACACCGAUGCCGUCGACAUCGGAACCGUUCGUAGCUAUUCAUGACGAUGUACCAGAUGUGUGUGCGGAGUUCAAAAACUUUGGAUUGCUAAUCAACUGCUUGCCUCGAGAUGGAGAUCUAGCGAUCGAGUGCGUUCGCAACUUUACUGGUACGAACAUUGCACUUAUCGGUGAAUGGCAAGGCUCAACCGCGGGAUCGCGCUUCUUGCGUCGGCUCGCGAAGGGAUUUGAAUUCAUCCAGGCGUAUCCGCUUGGCGCCGUCGGCGACAGGUUGUUCGAGUUGAGCAUUUGGAGACGUCGAGCCAAGCGCUUGUCGAAGAAGUUUCGGAAGGAGAAAAAUCUAUCGACCAACCAUACAUUCCCCUCAGUGAAGAGGUGUCACGUCGCUGGAUGCUGUUCGACGUCGCAUACUCUUUUCUGCUGUGCGCUCUGCCGCGCCGUAUUUGUUUGCCCCAACCACUUGUGCUCACUUCACGACGAGUGGGAUCUAGAGCACGCCAAGGUGCAUGAAGAUAGGCUCUUACCAACGAUCGAUCGUAUGCGCUCAUAUGACGUCGAGCUCGAGAAAACGAACGAGUAUAAGCUCAUGCGAAGCGAGACGAUCAUGGCUUUCAACCCAUACCGGUAUGGAGCGGAGACGUGGACAGUCGAUUACCGUGCGAGGUUGAACGACACAUACGAAAUCGCGCGCCUAGGCGUUCCUAGAAUCGAACCGGUGCCAGAUUGGCGAUGA